UAAUUAUUUCUUUCAAGGUUACCAAGUCAAAAUUUUGCUCUGACCUAAGCUUUGACAUUUAACAACCACCUCUUUGGUGAAAUGAAGUGUAUCAUUUUUUCUUUCCUUCAUCACCUAGCUCCACCUUUUGUAUGAUACAGAACAAUUUAUCUUUUGAUUUAAACAGAACAAUUUUUUAGGCACCAUGUUUAUAAGUGAUGUGAAUCACCAAAGAAUCAAAACAAAUGGAAUAUAUAUACACAUAGCAGAAAAAGGAACAGGACCACUUGUUCUUUUGCUUCAUGGUUUCCCAGAAAUAUGGUAUGCUUGGAGACACCAACUCAACUACUUGUCACAACAUGGUUAUCAUGCUGUUGCACCUGAUUUAAGAGGAUAUGGUGACUCUGAUUCUCCUCUAAAUCCUAAUUCCUACACUCUUCAUCACAUCGUUGGUGAUCUUAUUGGUCUUCUUGAUCAUUUUGGUCAACAACAGGCAUAUGUAGUUGGAUCUGAUUGGGGAGCAAACAUUGGAUGGCACCUAAGUCUAUUUAGGCCUGAUAGAGUGAAGGGAUUUGUUGCUCUAGGUGUUCCUUACUUUCCAAGGUCUCCAACAGAUAAAACUGUUGAAACUAUAAGAAAAAUAUAUGGAGAUGGAACUCAUGUUUACCAAUUCCAGGAACCAGGUCGCGCAGAGAGAGCUUUUGCUAGAUAUGAUUUCUUGACAGUAAUGAAGAAAUUUUUACUCAUUACUAGGACACAUUUUAUAGCAGCUCCUUCUGGCAUGGAGAUUAUUGAUUUCUUGCCAACUCCUUCGGUUUUGCCGUCGUGGAUAACUGAGGAAGAACUCGUGGUCUUUGCAGACAAAUUCCAAGAAUCUGGUUUCACAGGCGCAUUCAAUUACUACCGCGCAAUGGACUUAAACUGGGAGCUUCUAGCACCAUGGCAAGGAUCAAAGAUAACAGUUCCAACUAAAUUUAUUGCUGGAGACAAAGAUGUUGGUUUUCAAAAUGGUACAAAAGAUUUUGUGGAAGGUGAUAUUUUCAAGAGUCUUGUUCCUAACCUCGAAGUGGUUAUACUAGAUGGCCAUCACUAUAUACAUCAAGAGAAAGAUCAACAAGUUUCAGAGGAAAUCCUUUCCUUCAUCAGUAAAUUAUCUUUGGAUUAGGCAAUCUUCAACAGUUUGAGACAUUCAAUUUAUAAGUAUUGUUAAUCCCUUUGUUUUAGUUUGUGGUACAGAAGCAGAACUAUUUCUUAUUAAGACAAGUUAUAUGCAAUGUUUUAUGUGUUGUUUUUACA